CUUCGUUGUCACUUUUCCCUCUCCAUAUAAAUCCCUACUUAACAUCAGGGUAUAAAGCACCCGGGUGCAACUAACUCAAAGUCACAAAGAGCCAAAACGGCAUUGCAGUAACCAACAUGAAUCCACUUUUCGCGUGUGUGAUAAUUAGUCUGGCAGGUGUUGCCUUAGCUGAGCCACCAGUAUCAUCAGGAUAUAAUUACAACAGACCAAGUAGCGGUGGUAAUUCAGGAGGUGGUGGAUAUUCAUUAGGAGGUGGUGGUGGUGGUGGAUAUUCAUUAGGAGGUGGUGGUGGUGGUGGAUAUUCAUCAGGUGGUAGUGGUGGUGGUUAUACACAAGUAUCAUCUGGUUAUCCAACAAGCGAGGGUGCACAAGUUGAUGGACAAUUACUUGAACAAAUACGUCAAAUUUUAUUAAAAGAAGAAUCACAAUCACAACAAUCUGGUAGCUUUGGAGGUUCUGGUUAUGCACCAAGUUCAAGUUAUGGACCACCAAGUGGUAGUUAUGGACCACCAUCAUCACAAUAUGGUGUACCAUCAAUAAAUAAUGGACGUGUUGUUGGUAUUGAUUUAGAAGGUAUUAGACAAGCAAUACAAGUUGCACAAUUUCAUCAAGCAACUUCUGGUAAUACUGGUGGUUAUCCAAGUGGUCCAACUGGUGGAUAUCCAAGUGGACCAACUGGUGGAUAUCCAUCACCACCAUCUGGUAGUUAUGGAACACCAAGCAGACCACCAAGUGGUAGCUAUGGAGCUCCAUUCUAGAUUUAAAUAUUAAAAAUUAAUAUUUAAAAAGAAAGAAAACACACCAGACAUCAUCAAAAUUAUCUUUUUU